CCGUGGCAACAGAAUUGAAAGACGCCGAAAAGGAAGAACGCGAAACUUCUCGGCCGAACCGGAUACGCAGGUUACCGAGGCAACGAGGCUCUAGUUAAGAUGCCUCUGUCUGAGCCGAGACUGGGAACUCUCUCUACGCGGGUGCUCUCCUACUCUCCGCGCGGUUCUCAGUGAUUUUGCAACAACUUUGCAGAAAUUUCUGAAAAAGAAAUUGCCAGUUUCUACCAUUGUAUCUCCCAAAGAAAACUCAUUUUGAGGAUAACAGGUAGACCAGUAAGAUCAAGAUGCCAGUAUAUAUCCGGAAAGGACCUCAGGAGAUUCCUGCUUAUGAAGAACAGGAUUGGAUUAAGGAUGAAGAAGGAGAUUUUUUCCUAAAGGAUCCAGAUCAAAGCGUUGAUUCUCUGCCUCAGCCUUUCCGAAUGAUCAAUAAACUAGUGAACCUAUUGUUUGAUCGGGCAUGGGAAAUCAUUGAGGAGAGAGAAGCAACAGAAACAAUUACAAUGCUUAAGUUUAAGCCCCUGGUCUAUUUACCAUCUCAAAAAUUCCAGCUUUCCAGUGUGCCAAACUGCCUUGCCAUCUGUAAAGGCUAUGUGUUUGUUGGGUCAUCCAAUGGAAUAAGAGUCUUCAAUACAUUUUUGAAUUAUUCACGGGUUUGUAGUUGGGAUUCAGGACAAGUUGAGAUCAUGAACAUCUGGGCUACAGAAAUUGGGAAUGAAAUACUUAUUGCUACUUUGGAUGAAAUGGGUAUUGUUCGUCUCUUUUAUUUUUACAGAGACUCUCUUUUCCUAAUCAAAGCCAUCAAUGAAGUGGAAGAUAUUAGCAAACAGACUACAUGUUUGAAUUUGCAAAUUUCUCCUGCAGGGAAUUUUCUGGCCAUGCUACUCCAAGGAGCUGGAGAUGUUUGGGUAGAUGUGUAUCGAUUGAACAAGGAAUCCUGGCUUAAGGAGAUGGAAGCACCCCAUUCAUCUAAUCUAUCACGGAAGAAAGUUAGCCAUUUGCAUCUAAAAUCCAAUGAAUCGACAGAUCUUUCAGAUUUGGAAAAUUCUCUUCUGAAAACAGAUGUUAAAUUAUCUGGUCCAAUUCCAUUAAUGAAACUUAAACCACCCAAACCAGUUACAGGCACUCCAUUUAAAAGCCCACUAGAAGCCUUUCAAAAGUUAGAAGAUGUUUCUGGGUUGGGCUCCGGGCAAAACCACAUGAUCAAAGAAAGCCAAUUGGACCAACAGACAGCAAUCUUUGAAGUUUUAUUUAGAAAGUAUCAGAAUGUGGAAUGCCCAGAGGAAAAUUCAAGUGUUGCAGAGUUCCAUUUUCUUUUCCCUGGACAUAUACUUAUGUUACCGCCUGAAACCAAUGUUCUCUCAGGUGUGGCCUGUGCUCUGGGUAUAUACUGGUCUGGAAAUCAUAAUUUCUUCCUCUAUUCACUUAACCGACCUCCAAGAGACAAAGAGAGAGAGAAAGAGAGAGAGAGAGAGAGAGAGAAAGAGAAAGAAAAAAUUGACUUUGAUCCCAAGCCUGAUGGAGUAUGGCCAACUGCAGCACCAAUUACCAAUUCAGUCAUCAGUGCCUGCACAUCUUACCUACUGCUAGCUUGUGAAGAUGGAGUAAUAACAUUGUGGGACAGAGCCCAAGGAUUCCUACUUGCUGUGGUUUCCCUCCCAGAGGGGUGUAUAUGCAAAAGUCUUCACUUCGUGAAAAUUUCUGAAACCCUCAAGGAAUGCCAAUUUCCACCGACUACAGCUGACUCCAAAUUUCAGUUUCUGGUGCUGUGCACUGAUGGAUCUCUUCACCUGGUGAAAGUUGAAAGAUGCAAGGAACCUAGCAUCAGGGUGGUUGUGGAGAGACCUGUGAAGCAUCCAAAUGAAACUAUUUGUGCUGUGGCUCCCAUCUCAUUCAUACCUUGUUUGGUACUGCUCUUUAUUUGGGAUGGAUCAGUGUAUCUCAUGGAUGUGGAGAAGGAACAGAUCAUCUGUGAAUUGGGUCCCUCUCCCUCUUACCGUCUGGGAAAUCCCUGGCAGCCUGUGUUUGCUCUCUCUUCAGAGAGCCAGCGUGUAUUAAUACGAGGAGACAAAAAAGAUACUCCUAAAUAUCAGAAGGAUAACCACUGCAUUUUCAUUUUUAAACUGGAUUCCUACCAACUCAUAAAGACUUCUUAUUCAAGGAAAAUUUCCUUCUCUGAAAGUGAAUCUUCUCAACCUUCUCAACCAGAAACUAGCGACUCUACCCAGCAAUUGCUCUUGAAUAAGAGAUGUGAAAAUUUCCUCCAAAACCGACUAAAGAAUUCUGGCAGUUUCAGAGACUAUAGGCCAGAUUACUUGCUUCAACUACGGAAAAGUUCCUGGCUUCUGGAGAGAGACAACCGCAAAAAGUGACAGUCAUCUGCUCCUCAAGAUCCCUUGAGAAAGGUACUACAGCUCCAAGUUCCCAGAUGUCACCUAGACUGAGAUUGAUUGGUUUUAUAGUAGAGACUUUUCAUUUUUUUGUUUUUAUAUUUGUAACCACCCACUCUCAAAAAGUUGAUGACUUCAGAGGUAUUCAUUGCAGGAGGAAUGUGAUAUCAAAGGCUAAAAUAACAUUUUAUUUAGUAUGGUACCCUGGAGAUGAGAAACAUUUUCCCAAAAAAUUUGCCUUAGGAUAUCAGACUGAUACAACUAGAGGCAACUAGAGUGAAAAGACUACUUAUAGGGACUCCAGCUACUAUUGAUCAUUCCUCUCACAAUUGUAUAGCUUGAAAAGAAAACCAACUGAGUUAUCCAUAUAAAGAGGAAUUUAUUUUCUAGUCACUAAGUGUUAUUUGGUUUUUAAUCUAUUGUCCCAAAUAAAAAGCAAACCUUAACAGAA